CGAUACAAAGGAAAUCCACACGAAGACCCAAUCCUCGUCUCAGUCACAAAAUUCUGAAUCAAAUUCACGCAUUAACCCGUUAACUCAUGUAUGUCUCAAGAAUUCCAAACAUAAACCUAACAAUAUAAAAGAAGAGUCCAAGAGUACAAAUACAAACUCUAUGCCGGAGCCGCUUGUCUCACCAACAGUUGCGUCUACCAAACCAAAGAGAAAUGGUCUAUUACCUUUUGCUUCGCGCAAAAUUUCAGAGGAUAAGAAAGUGCCACGGAGAGUUAGCAUGUCUACCGCAUCCACCCCCACUAAUUCUCAAGGCUCUCCAUCAAAAACAAAAGCAGCCGAAACGAUAGUGGAGGAAUUAACGACGAAAGAUUCUGAAAAAUUGGCAGCAGGAACUGUCACUAUGAUCGAUACUUCUAUUGUUACUGCAACGCCAAGCAUAGUUGAUACUGGCACUUCAUCAAGCACACCAACAACAGGUUCGAAGACUCCAACGGAAUAUAAUACCGAAACUCCCACGACGACCACUUCCAUGUCAUCAAGUUUAACGUCAACUAACUUGUCGACCAUAUCAACUACAAAGGAAGAGAAACGACGGCGAAAGAGAAAAGAUGAUGUUGCUGAUUUAUCAAUCGUUGUCGCUGAUGGUGUACCAGUUAUUACCGGAUAUCCAAUGGCCAGUCCAAGACGGAAUAAGGACUAUCAUACAUUGUUCAAAGGCGUCCCAAUGACGGAAUAUUUGAUCAAUGAUUACGGCUGCGCUUGGCAACGUGAGAUAUUGGCGCAUGGAAGGAUGUAUAUAUCUGUUAAUCAUUUAUGUUUUUACGCAAACAUACUUGGUUGGGUUAGCCUUGUUGUAAUACCAUUCAACGAGAUAACCGCUAUUGAAAAAAGGACGACAGCUUUCGUCAUACCCAAUGCGAUCCUCAUCACAACUCACCUUACUAGAUAUUUCUUUGCCUCCUUCCUUUCGCGUGACACUGCAUUUGAAUUGCUAUCGAAAAUGUGGCACCAUUCCCAGUCGGUUUUUAAUGAAUCGGAGUAUCAUUCCGACGCUGGUGAACAGCCUAAAUAUGGUGGCAGUAAUAAUAUCACCGACGCUUCUGAGACCGACGACGAGAAUGUAGCCGGAGAUGAAGAUGUUAAACCGACUAAAAGCAAGAAACUGAUACUCCGCAAAUUGAACAAGAAGAAGAAAGGUGAUUCCUCUGACAGAGUUGAUAUAAAGUCAUUGGAAACAAAGUCGCAACGAUCAUACCUACCAAGGGGAGAUGAAUCCCGUGGUCGUCGUUCCGGGACAGAAGAUUAUAGAAUAUCUUCUAGCUCACGACUAUAUAGCAUGGCGGACAAGAGAACGACAAGUUCUAACCAACAAGCUAUAAAUAGAUCGAAACGUGGUGCGACCACUUGUGCUUGUCUGGAUAAAGGACAUCAUUAUAACAAUCUUGUGAUGGACACAAAAUUUACCGGAAGUGUAGAAAAGAUGUAUAAUCUCUUGUUUAAUUGCGAUUUUCUUGAGCUGUUCUUGAAGAAUAUUGAAAAAUGUUCAGAUAUUAAAUUAGGCGAAUGGAAACCAACACAAAGCAAUGUUCUCUGUCGCUCCUCAUCAUAUACGAUGCGUCUUACACAUCCUAUUGGUCCUAAAUCCACCAAAUGCUUCGUUGAGGAUGAAUGCCAACAUUGUGACUAUGAUAAGUAUAUAACCAACGUCACUACUACAACAACGCCGGACGUGCCCCAAGGCAGCUGCUUUGUUGUUAAAACACGCUUGUGUAUAAUGUGGGCUGGUGCAAAUGAAGUGCGGGUAAUAGUUACUUGUGAUAUAGAAUGGUCAAAGAAUGCGUUUUUUAAAACACAAAUUGAGCGAGGAGCGGUUGAUGGUCAGCGAGCAUAUUUCAAGUCAUUAACAAAAUAUAUACAGAACUUUAUUGCGAAGCAUCCGGGUGAGUUCCAAGAUCCCUUAGGUUCACCAGUCCCAGAAAUGGAGCAAGCAUCGUUUGAACAGUCUAAUGAUGAAUCAGUAUUGGCCAUUGAGAACUCGUAUACUGAUGAUGACACGCAGAGUUCAAUAGUGAAAGAAACAACGUUCCAACACUUUUUCGGUUCCCUAUCGCAGAGUCUACCUUAUGAGCUUGUUAGUUCGCUGCAGCAAGGUGCAUCUCUUGUUGUCUCUGUUAGCCAACCGGCUAAUAUACUGUCGGCGAAAUCACUAGUCUUCCUCGCAUUCCUUGUGCUUCUAGUUUCGAACAUACAAAUUUUAUUGCAAUUGCGUGCAAUUAAUAAUCAGAUGGUAGAUACUGGCCAUGGGGUUUCUAUACCAGCAAACCAGGCAAUCUUGGUCGAGUUGCGGAAACGUUGGACAUUCGCAGUGUUAGAUACAUGGUACGAAAGGGAUGAUGAGGCAUUGCGAGAAUACUUUGUCAAGAAAUUCGGCGAACUAACUGUAUAG